AUGUGGAGUCAACAGUCGACUUUCUCUGCGACGCCGACGCCGUAUGUGCACCAACCGCAAGCCGCGCCUCCCGGCGGAAGCGAUUCUUCGCAGGCACGCGCGGCCGCAGCGAAUUCGACGCGCCCGAUCGGGACAACACUGAACUUCACAAGUGGACAGUUCAAUGGUAGACACGUUCGGGCGCAACUAGUUGAAUUGCAAAAGGCCGAUCUUGGAAGAAAAUAUGCGCGCAAGGAUCGCAGACCAUUAGAUCCACCACCAGUGGUGCAGUUGCGCUUAUUCCUGAUCAAUGGGACCGGGGAGGAGGCGGUGGAACAGGAGGUUGAGGAUUACGGCGAAGUCCAGAAUAUGGGGCUCAUUUGCCAUGUAGACCUGUUUCCCGUUCCCGGUGAGACUUCGGCAGACUCUUCUCGCAGGCCCGAGGCGUCUGGUUCAUACGGCUCCCCCGGUGGAUCCAACCAAGUCCCCGGCACCUCUUCCUUCUCAGCCACCGCUCCCACGUCUUUCGCAUAUACUUUCCCUGCCCCCCAACCCCCUCCACCUGGAACCAUGUCCACCGCACCCGGCCCGAUACACCAACCAUACGGCGCACCUGCUCCUCAGCCCAUCGCACCUCCCACGGACAUUGUACAUUACCACAAGGACUACGCUGUCACCGAAUCUUCCAAAUGCACCGACUGCCUUGCCGGCACCACGUUCGUUCAGGCGCAAAACCUCGACUAUAAGGGGAACAAAGUCUUGAUGUUUGUAUUCGCGGAUCUCGCCGUAAAGAUGGAGGGGAACUUUAUACUGCGCUAUAGAUGCUUCGACCUGUUCUCCAAGGUCGCUGGUGAACAGCAAACACCGGUCUGGGCGGAGUGUUAUGGUGGUGCUUUCCGAGUGUACUCGACCAAGGAGUUCCCUGGUCUACGUGCUUCGACUGAUCUCACCAAGCAUCUAUCUUAUUUCGGUGUACGCCUCAAUCUUCGCGAAACCGAACGGAAACGUCGGAAGAAAGUCGACGAUCCCGCGAUGGCCAUGCAAGUCAUGGGUGAACGUCCACCGCCUCCGCCUGAAAGUUACGGAGAUGGCGCUCAGCGUCCCCCCGACCAAGAUGAAUAA